UUUUAUGAUGGAGUUGUUUUGAAUGAUGGUUAUUAUGAUUAUUAUCUGGUCUUGAGUCCAGUGUGUGGGCUAAGAUGCUUUCGCCCACUGAAGCCACUUCACUUUGGAUGAGAUAAUUGUGUUAAAAGCAGCCUCACAUAUCCAAAUCGUUCGGUGCAGAACUGUCCAACAUGUCUGGAGACAGCUGCUUUCACCUCUGGAGAUCGCUCGGGAAGAUGUUUCCUCGCUCGGGAAAAUCCAUCGUCUUUGACAGCUUUCCAGAUCCAUCUGACACCUGGGAGAUCAUUGAGACUAUUGGUAAAGGGACUUAUGGAAAAGUUUAUAAAGUGCUUAACAGAUUCGAUGGCAGCAAAGCCGCCGUCAAAAUACUGGAUCCGAUCCAUGAUAUUGAUGAGGAAAUCGAAGCGGAGUAUAACAUCCUGAAAGCUCUCUCGGACCAUCCCAAUGUCGUCAAGUUCUUUGGAAUAUUCUACAAGAAAGACGUCAAAAACGGGGACCAGUUAUGGCUAGUGCUAGAGUUGUGUAAUGGAGGGUCUGUCACCGAUCUGGCUAAGGGUAUGCUGAAAAGAGGAGAACGCAUGGAGGAACCCAUCAUAGCCUACAUCCUACAUGAAGCUCUCAUGGGUCUCCAGCAUUUACACAUCAAUAAAACCAUCCAUCGAGAUGUCAAGGGCAACAACAUCCUGCUCACCACAGAAGGAGGAAUCAAGCUGGUUGACUUCGGGGUAUCGGCCCAGCUUACAAACACCCGGCUACGGAGGAACACUUCGGUCGGAACACCCUUCUGGAUGGCCCCUGAGGUCAUCGCGUGUGAGCAGCAGCUCGACUCCACAUAUGAUGAGCGCUGUGACGUGUGGUCUCUGGGUAUCACAGCCAUAGAGCUGGGUGAUGGAGACCCGCCCCUUGCUGAUCUUCAUCCAAUGAGAGCUCUCUUCAAAAUUCCAAGAAAUCCUCCACCCACCCUACACCAACCAGAGCUCUGGUCAAACGAUUUUAACGAUUUUCUAUGCAAGUGUCUGAUAAAGGAUUUUGAGCUCAGGCCCAGUGUGUUUGACCUUCUUCAGCAUGUCUUCAUCAAACAGAUUGUGGGCCGAGAGAAGACGCUGCAGAAGCAGCUGAUGGAGCUUAUCGACCUCAACCAACAAAUAGGUGUUAUCGAGAAAACAAGGCAUGAGCGGAUCCACACCAAAAAAGGCAGCUACAUGAAGUCUCAAAGUCAAUCUUGUGACGACGUGGAUGAUCUGGCAACCCUAGAGGUUCUAGAUGAAAACACAAUCACUGAACAGCUACAGAGACGUUACGCAAAGGAGCAGAUCUAUACCUACGUUGGAGACAUCCUCAUAGCGGUUAAUCCAUUCCACAAAACGGAGCUGUACACACCAGAGCAUUCUAAGGUUUAUAUUGGAGCCAAAAGAACGUCCAACCCUCCUCAUAUAUAUGCAGUUGCAGACAUCGCUUAUCAGUCCAUGGUGUCCUAUAAUGCUGAUCAGUGCAUUGUCAUUAGUGGAGAGAGCGGUGCUGGGAAAACAGAAAGUGCCCAUUUAUUAGUCCAACAGCUGACCGUCCUUGGAAAGGCUAACAAUCGGACCCUUCAAGAGAAGAUUUUGCUGGUCAAUAGUCUGGUGGAGGCCUUUGGAAAUGCCUGUACUGUGAUUAAUGAUAACUCCAGUCGUUUUGGCAAGUAUCUGGAGAUGAAGUUCACCUGUGGAGGGACCGUGGUGGGAGCUCAGAUCUCCGAUUACCUGCUGGAGAAGUCUCGGGUCGUACACCAGGCCGUAGGGGAACGUAACUUCCACAUCUUCUAUUAUAUCUAUGCUGGUCUGGCUGAGAGGAAGAAACUUGGCCACUACAAACUGUCAGAUAGCAAAACACCAAAGUAUCUCCACAAUGAGAAUUUUCAAUUAGUGCCCGACAUUGUGGGCAAUGCCUUCUAUAAGGAGCAGUUUGAGACAGUGGAGCAGUGCUUCAAAGUCAUUGGCUUCACCCUAGAGGAGCUCGGGACUGUUUACAGUAUCUUAGCUGGGAUCCUAAAUGCAGGAGAUGUCGAGUUCACGUCAGUCGCUUCCGAACAUCAGACGGACAAAAGCAACAUUUCCAACAUGGCCGUACUAGAGAGUGCUGCAUCGCUGUUGUGUAUCCGUUCGGACGAGCUCCAGGAAGCGCUGACCUCUCACUGUGUGGUCACACGGGGUGAAACCAUUGUCAGAUCAAACACAGUGGAGAAGGCCACUGAGGUACGAGACGCCAUGGGCAAAGCUCUCUACGGACGCCUGUUCAGCUGGAUCGUCAACCGCAUCAACUCUCUCCUGAAACCAGACAACGACAGCCAGUCAGGGGAGGAAGACAUAGGUCUAAACAUUGGUAUUCUGGAUAUCUUUGGCUUUGAAAACUUUAAGAGGAACUCUUUUGAGCAGCUCUGCAUCAACAUUGCCAAUGAGCAGAUCCAGUUCUACUUCAACCAGCACAUCUUCGCCUGGGAACAGGAUGAGUAUCUGAAUGAAGACGUGGACGCUCGAGUGAUUGAAUAUGAAGAUAACCGGCCGCUGCUGGACCUGUUCCUUCAGAAGCCCAUGGGCAUGUUAGCACUACUAGAUGAGGAGAGUCGCUUUCCUCAGGCUACUGACCAGACCCUCGUCGAGAAAUUUGAGGACAACUUAAAGUCCAAAAACUUUUGGAGGCCAAAGAGGGUUGAUCUGGGAUUUGGAAUCCAUCACUAUGCAGGCAAGGUGAUCUAUAAUGCCGGCGGUUUUCUGGCUAAGAACAGAGAUGCUCUGCCUGCUGAUAUUGUUCUUCUGCUGAGGUCCUCGGAGAAUGAACUGAUCUGUAAACUGGUUACUCACCCGCUCACUAAAACAGGUAACCUGGCUCACACUAAAGGCAAGGCUGCGGGAUCUGCUCAUAUGGGCACACAACAAUCACAACGCACCAUUAACUUUGCCAAGGCGGAGAGCACAGGAGAGACCACACAUCACCCCAGAGAGACCACUAACAUGAAGACUCAAACUGUGGCCUCUUACUUCAGAUAUUCUCUAAUGGACCUGUUAUCAAAGAUGGUGGCAGGCCAGCCUCACUUUGUGCGUUGCAUAAAACCCAACAAUGAUCGCCAAGCCCAUAAGUUUGACAGGGAAAAGGUUCUAAUCCAAUUACGCUACACUGGUAUUCUAGAGACGGCCAAGAUACGCAGACAGGGCUACUCUCACCGCAUCCUCUUCAACAACUUCAUUGAAAGAUACUCUAUAUUAGCAUUUAGAGCCAAUGAGGAGCCAGCAAUGAAUCCUGAGACAUGUGCUGUUAUUUUGGAGAAGGCCAAACUAGAGAACUGGGUUCUGGGAAAAACAAAGGUAUUUCUUAAGUACUAUCAUGUGGAGCAACUGAAUCUGAUGGUGAGGCAGACCACAGACCGAAUUGUUCUGGUCCAAGCAUAUAUACGGGGCUGGCUGGCAUUUAAACGAUACCGUUUGAUGCAGGAAAAACGAGAACAAAGUGCCGUGGUGUUGCAGUCAGCAUACAGAGGACACAAAGUUAGGAAGCGAGUGGCUGAUGACAAAAGCAAAGCAAAGUCAGAAGCUGUUAUUACGCAAUUCCAAGCAGUUUGCAGAGGAUAUCUGGCAAGGCAGAAAUACAAGGAGUUGCUAGAUGAGAAGAACAAAGCCGCUGCAAAGAUCCAGGCCCAUUACAGGGGGCACAAAGAGAGGAAAAGCUUUAAGAGGAAAAAGGAAGCCAUGCAGAAGGCAAAAGCUGAGAAGACAGAGGAAGUGACGGAGGCCCCAUCAGAAUCAGAAGGUCCAGUUACAGAGGAACCUCCACAGAAAGGAGGUGAAGUGGAAACGGAUGAAGCUGAUGAAAAGGCUGCUGUGGUCCUCCAGAGCAACUACCGAGGUUACAGGGAAAGGAAGAAAUACAAGGAGCAUCGGGAACGUAACAAGACUUUAACAGGGGAUGAGCUGGCCAUUUCCUCAUCCACACCUGAAGAGGUCACUCCUGGAGAAGAUUUGGAUGCUAUACAAGAGGAAAUACAGGAGAAUAUGGAGGGAGAAGUGAAGGAGGCUGAGGAAGAGGCUGCAAGUGGAGGAGAUGAGAACAAUAAAGAGGAAACAAAGGCAGCCACUGUUAUCCAGAGCAACUUCAGAGGUCACAAAGAACGUAAAAGACUCCAAGAGGAGGGGAAGAUGCCAGUUAGAGGACAGAAGGAGACAAGUAGUCCUCCAGUUGAAGAUGAGCUUCCUAUUCCAGAUCCACCACCUCCAGAAGAACUGAUGGAAUUCACUGAGGACAUGGAACAGGAGGAUGAGGCUCCAGCUGAACCACCAGGAGAAGAUGAAGAGGCCAAAGCCGCUGUGGUUCUUCAGAGCAAUUUCCGUGGCCACAAAGAGCGUAAAAGGCUCCAGGAGGAAGGCAAAAUCCCCAAGAAAAAGCCAAAAGAAGAUAUGGCUAAUCCAGACGCUUCUGAACCAGACAUUUCUCUUGAGGAACUCCCACCACCUCCAUUAGAAUUCGAGCAAGAGCUAGAUUCCAGUCACUCUCCAGGGGCAGAUGAAGAACAUGCUGCAACUGUUCUACAGAGCAAUUUCAGAGGCCACCAGGAGAGAAAGCGAUUGAGAGCAGAGAGAGAAAGAGCCAGUGGAAAAGAGGUUGAAGAGAUGGAGGAACAGGAGGAUGGGGAAGCUCUGGACAUCACAGAUGUUCGGCUGGAACGGAAGGGGGUUGAAGGAGAGGAGGAUUCUCAGGCUGAGGAAAACCAGUAUGAUGAGGAGCAGGCCGCCAUUAAAAUCCAGAGCAAUUUUAGAGGUUACAAAGACAGAAAGAAACUGAAAGCCACGUCACAUAAACAGGAUGAGGAAGUGGAGUCACUCUUCAAACAGGUAACCAAGGUCUCUGAAGAUUUCUUAUCACUGCAGAAGAAGUUAAAUGAAAUCAUACUUGCCCAUCAGCUCAACCCCAGCGAAAAUGGGAUGUUUGUGAAAGGACAACCCAUCAAUGGCUACUUGAGCUACUAUCAACCACCAGCCGACACAAAGCAGUCACGAACGUCUCGCCGCACACAGCAACCAAAGACCCUGAACACACCAGAGGACUCCACGUACUACACACUCAUUCACAGGUCUGUUCAGGAUGAUAAAAGGAGGCCAAGGAAACAAAGCCCCAAAAGGCUGGACAAUGAUGACCAGUACUACCAGGGUUUGUCCAGCACAAAGUCCACAAGCCUGCCCAGUGACAGACGGCGCUCAAGCAAGCGGAGAUCUUCCACUGAAAGAAGACGCUCUUCUGAGAGACCUCUGUCUGAUGUGCCCAAAUCUGAUCUCCCUGAGGACCCGACGGAGAAAAGGCCCUCGUUCUCUAGAAUGCCCUCUACAGAGAGUCAAAGAGAGGACAACCCUUAUGACUACAGAAAGAUACUGAGGAAGACCUCCCAGAGACGAAAGCUAAUAACACAGCCCUGACCAUCAAGCUUCAGAACUUCUGUAAAUAGUGUCAGUGACUGAUGAAGUCAGCAGAAAAUGCUGGUUGUCCUAAAAGGGAUGACAUUUCUGGCAUCAUUUACUCACUGUUAUGUCAUUCCAAACCCGUAUUGUUUUCUUUCUUGUGUGAAACACAAAAGGAGAAUUUUUGAAUAAUGUACCACCUGCUCUUUUCCAUGCAGUUUUCAUGAGUCAGGUUUGAAUCACUUGAGAGGAUUCAUUCACAAAUCAGACUGAUCCGGUACAACUCACUGCUCACUGGAGGGGAAGUCUUUUUUUGGGUGACCUGUGUCUUUAAUUAAUAUGCCAUGUUUUCAGUCCAUUUAUUGUAACAUGGUAUGGUUUUCCAUGAAAACACUGGCUUUAGUUUAAGUAGUUACACAAAUAAUGACUACUUAAUGUGUUUUGCUGUACAGAAUGUAAUACUACUUGACUAAUCAGAGACUUGAAUAAAAAUUAUAUUUCUUUUUUGUUUUUGUUUUUUAUAUGGACAGAGCAUUUGUGUUGCUCUUGUUUGAUUUUAAACCCCAGUUUAGCAGUUGGUGUUUUCUGUAAGCCUCUCUGUGAAUAAAGAUUUGUUCUCUUAAAA